UAAUGGCGACUUUGAACCCUUUCGAUCUCCUGGACGAUGACGCAGAGGAUCCAAGCCAGCUCGCGGCGGCUAAGCCAUUGAAGGUUGAGAAACCGGCUCCGGUUCAGCCUGCUAAGUCGGCUCCUCCUACUCAAGCUGGAAGAGAGGCCAAAAACGGUCCCGGAGGUCGCGGUGGACGCGGUGGUGGUUACAAUCGUGGGAGAGUUGGAGGAUUCAACAGGGACUCCAGAAACAAUGAUGGUCCUCCUGCUAAUGAAAACGGAUUCAGUGGAGGCUACAGACGCUCGGAAGAAGGAGAUGGAGCCAGACGUGGUGGACCUGUUGGUGGAUACCGUGGUGGUCGCCGUGGAGGCUACAACAAUGGAGAUUCCGGUGACUUCGAACGCCCAAAGAGGCACUACGAGCGACACAGUGGAACAGGUCACGGAAAUGAGUUUAAACGUGAGGGAGGUGGCCGUGGCAACUGGGGAACCACUGAGGAUGACAUUCCUACAGGGUCUGAAGAAUCCACCGCAGUGGUGGAGAAGAAUUUGGCUGCUGAGAAGCAAGGUGGUGAAGGUGAAGCAACUGAAGCAAACAAAGAGACACCUGCUGAAGAGAAAGCAGUGAAAGAGCCCGAGAACAAGGAGAUGACUCUUGAAGAGUAUGAAAAGGUUUUGGAGGAGAAGAAGAAAGCUCUGCAGGCGACCAAGACUGAGGAGAGGAAGGUUGACACAAAAGCGUUCGAGUCCAUGCAACAGCUCUCAAGCAAAAAGAGCAACAACGAUGAGGUCUUCAUCAAACUGGGAACAGAAAAGGACAAGCGCAUAACUGAGAAAGAAGAGAAGACCAAGAAGUCGUUGAGCAUAAAUGAGUUCCUGAAACCGGCGAAUGGCUACCGUGGUGGAAGGGGAGGACGUGGAGGUCGAGGACCAAGAGGAGAUGGACCCGUUAGAGGAGCCGUAGGUGGAGGAAACCAGAAGACCAGAGAGCCUGUUGCACCGAAAAUCGAGGACACCGCACAAUUCCCUACUUUGGGCAAG